UUUUAACGGUCAUACAAUUGUCAACAAACAGAUCUGUAACCGUCGGAUGGAACAAUAUAAUCGUAUAAGCAGAUUUUGAUUUAGGUACAUCAUGGUUGACUUAACUGCAGGGACAAGAAAACAAUUUUGGAAUGGUUCAUCUAUUUAUAGAUUUCUUGUAGCCACAUUGGUGUUGGUAUGUAUACCACAAGUCGUUUCGUUCGUCCGUAACAACCAAAAGGAUGCAGUGGAUUGUUCAAGAUCGCGGAUUUGUACGAAAUGUGCAGAAAAGCCGUCGUGCAGCUGGUCGUUAAAACGGCAGACGUGUGUGAACACGACGCGGAGGCCGGAACUGUUGAUGGUGAACAUCCGGGCGCAAUGUCCGAAGUUUACCAUCGUCGACAGUUUCGUUAACAAAAUGCACCUGCCCUCCACGUACAAGGUGAAGGUGUCGAACGACGUGAGCGGUUUCGUGAAGUACCUGGGCAACAGAAACAUCACGUGCUCGUUGAAAGACGUCACGUACAACGGUACGGUGAACGAGGAGGCGGGCACGAUCGACUGCGAGUCGAUGAGCAACGACAAUCGGGAGUUCGACAAUCAGCGGCUGAUGAUCUACAGCUACAGUAUCGUGUUCGACGGCGUGCCACUGCGGAUCGACGACGGCGUCAACGACUACUUAACCGUGUACAACGGCCAUUAUUGUGACAUCACCAACAAGACCAAGAACUGCGUCGUGUGUUCCUGGGACCCAGAACUCAACGCGUUCUACUACAAACGGUGUUCGGUCAGUAACAUGUGCACAGGCCUGUUCGAGUUCUACGGCCAUCGAAACGCGACUGCUUUCGUAGGCACGGUGGCCGAUGAUCCGGGUAACGAGGACGCGGUGGCCCUCCUCGCCAAAUCCGGACCACCCGCGGACGCUUGUCCGGACAUGGCGAUCCAGUCGGUGGAACCGCUGUCGGCACCGUGGUCGGGUGGAGCAACRCUGGUGAUAACCAUCAAGAACCACGACGUGCUGUCCGAAUCGCGGAAGGUGACCGUCACGGUGGCCGGGCGCGAUUGUSUCUACCCGAAGACGGUCAACAGUGAGACCAUYUCGUGCACGAUCGGAUCACCGAAUCCUAACGACUCGGCCACAGGCCCCGUGCACAUCACUUACGGCACGCUGCGGCUGACAUCGACACAUAUGUUCCGAUUCAUCUACCCUGAGCCGAUCGCACUGAGCCCCGCGUGCGGCCCUGUCUCCGGCGGUACGUUGUUGCACAUAACCGGCCAUUUCCUGGACGCCAGCAGCACGGCCACCGUGUCCGUGGGCGUGGCCAACGUUCCGUGUGAGGUGGUGGCCAGGUACGAGGAUCGCAUGCUGUGCGUGACCGGACCGUCGGACGGGCCUACUGCGGGCACUGUCACCGUCGUGUUUGACAAGUUUCUGAGGAGAAAAGUCGGCGUAAACGGCACCGGCGCACCGCUGGCCAAGCCUCCGGCGCAGUUCGUGUACGCGGGUGACCCAGUGCUGGACGCGGGACAGCCGUUCUCGGGUAUCGCUUCGGGCGGCACUUACAUCCCGGUGCGCGGCCGCCACCUGACGUGCGUUAGCAACGCCACGCUGUACGUGGACGACCAGGAUGGCGUGCGACACUACGCCGGUUGCACGGUGCGCAACGACACGUUCAUGGAGUGCCGGUCGCCCGCGCUCGACGCGCCCCGAUCGUCCGCUGCGGCCGCGGCGCCGUCAUUCAACUUUGGUUUCCACGUGUACUUUGCCAACCACACGUUGGACUUGUCUCCGCAGCCCGACUUUCCCGGUUACCGGCUGUACGCCGAUCCGGUGUUCACGGACUUUGAGACCGACGACGGCCGGAACGUGACGAUCAACGGCCGCCACCUGGACCGGGGCUACCGGCCGUCCGUCGACCUGGCCAUCCGAUUGGGCAACGCCAAGGGCACGCCGUGCACCGUCGUCAGCACGCAGCGACGACGGAUCGUGUGCGUGCGACCGCCGUCCACCCCCGCGGACGGAGAACUGCGUGAAAUCUACGUCACCGUCGGCCGCGAAUUAGGCCGCACCGUCAGAAAGAACAACAAGCGUUUAGCGGCCAGACAGUUUGGCGUGUUCGAAGUGUUCCUGAUACUGCUCGUCGGCAUCCUCGCCGCCGUCAUCUACUACGUGAUGGUGUGGAACAGCAAAUGUGACAUCCGCCGAUUAUUGUAAUCCAACUCGACGGGAUACAACAAUAUUGUGCGCUGGUCGAAAAUUGACGCUCGGUGGAAGAACUUAAUAUUAUUUUUACAUUUUGGUUUUACUGUUUUUUUUUUUUUUUCCAUUUUCACGCUGUAUCGAUAAUAAUAUAAUCAUGUAACUUAACUAUUUUUAUAAUGCGGGAAACUGAUUCAUAGGAGCCAUACAUGUUCACCAUAGAUCAUGACGCAAUCCAACCAUGGUUUAUAAUGUAAUGAUUUGACGUUGA